AUGCACGCAGAAACACCUCAUACAAAGGCCAGAGAUGGGGCUCCUCAGUGGGGCGCGCCAGAGGCCUCAGAUCUGCAACACCCUGAGGAAUCAGGUUUAGCUCAGUCACUCCGCUUCUACGUCGCGCAUGCAAACGCGGGAACGCGCAACAUGUGCGACAGCCCAGUAACCAGUGACAUCUUCCGCUAUCCUCCUGAGUCCCGCACUGCUGCCGCAGUGGCACUAGCAGCAGAUAAAGAGGACAGGCUGCUGCACCUCGUUCGCGGCUACGGCUGUGCAGUGGUCCUCGCCAACCUGCUUACGACCUUCUUGUGCUCUACCGCUCUUAUGUUCCUCAUUGGCGCCAACGCACCGGCCAGCACUGCGGCAAUACCUGCCAGCUUUGCGUUAACGCGCAACAUUCGCAUAAUUCCUGCUGGACCCGCGACAACGCUGGAAGAGGCCCUCUCCAAUCCUCGUUCGGUGUUGAUAACUGUCGGAUCGUCACUUACAGGCGAACUGCUGCUGCUGCUGAUUUUGCUGUUGCUGGCAUUCGACUCUGGCGGUUUCUCUGUCCGGUAUCGCCACGACGUGGUGGGGUGGGAAGCCAGCAGAGCCCGCAGCAGCGCCACUCUCUUUCUGUCUGCCAAUCGACGGCUCGUCGUGACGGCUACAACAGUUCUAUUUGAAGAUGGGCUGACCGGGUUGCGGCUGGCGGAGUGGGAGUUGUGGAGGGAGCAGGAAACAGCCCCAUCCCCGCAUGCAAUACUGGGUGAGGCAUUGCAUGGCGCGGACACAGGAACAGCUUCUCCUGCUGCUCCUACUUCUCCUGCUGCUCCUGGUGAAGCAGCAGAAGACAGUAGUCAGCUGCUUGAAACUCCCCCUAUGGGGCCAGAAAGCAGCAGCAGUGAGCCUGAACCUACGCGCCGUCGGCUAGCUGAUGCUACUGCCCUCCCCGUGACAACACCCCCAAUGCACCAGUUACAGCAGCUGCACCAACUAGAGCAGUUGCAGCACUUGCAGCAACUGGAACAGCUGCCCAGUCUGCGCCCUCAGCUGCUCCCAGGCCUGGAACAUAUGCCCCUUGUGCAUGCGCCAGCAGGGAGUGAACACGCGCGCCUCCUGUGGGGCGCCCCCUCUUUUGUUUUCUUGUGA